UUAUGGAAUUGAUACUAGAUUUACAAUAAGAAUCUAUAUAAAUAUUAAAGGUAAAAUAAUCAAUAAAGUUCUACAAGCAAAAUUUAAAUAUCAAAGUCAUUGCUGAACUAGUUGUUACUAUAAAAAUAUACAGCAGCAAUUAAGUUAAAUUCGUUAUUAUUGAGUAUAUAGAAUUGUUUUGCCGGUAGUAGAUAUGGCUCCGUCUACAGAUUGGGAUGAAAUAAAGAGAUUGGCUGCCGAUUUUCAAAAAGCACAAUUAAGUUCCACAUCUCAAAGAUUGUCUGAGAGAAAUUGUAUCGAAAUUGUCACAAAACUAAUUGAAUUGAAACUACUGGAUGUUAUUUUUACUACAGAUGGCAAAGAAUAUCUGACUUCCCAACAGCUUAUAAAAGAAAUCAGAGAUGAACUAUAUGUGCAUGGAGGACGCAUUAACACUGUGGACUUAGCUAAAGAACUGAAUGUUGAUUUGAAUCAAAUCAACACUGGUGUUGCUGAAAUAGUUAAAGGGAAAGAAGUGCAAUUGGUAUCUGGCUAUUUGAUAGCUAGUUACUAUUUAGAAAAAAUUGCUAGGGAAAUAAAUGAAAAGUUGCAGUUACAAGGACAAAUAACUGUAGGGGAGUUAACUCUACAAUAUGAUUUACCAGCAGAGUUAUUACAACAUAGUGUUUUAGAGAAAUAUUUGGGAAAAAUUAUUAUAGGCAAACAAGAUGCUUCAGAACCUAGAACUUUUUACACAGAAGAAUACAUUACAAGAACAAAGGCAAAGAUACGAGGUGCCAUAACAGGCCUUUUAAAGCCAACACCUGUCACUGUCAUUAUCAACCAUUGCAACCUCACUGACCGAUUAUUCAUGUCUUUAUUUGAUCAAUUAAAUGCACCCGGUGUGUUAACUGGUCGUCAAGCAGGUGCAUUAUAUGUGCCAUCAUGCUACACUAAAUCCCAAAAUGACUGGGUAGUAAGCUUUUUCAAGCAAAACAAUUAUCUUGAAUAUGAUGCACUCUCCAGAUUAGGAAUAUCAGAUCCUAAAGGUUAUGUUAGAAGACUCCUUACAAAUGAAGAUUUAAGUUUCCUCAGUACAUGUGUUAUUGGAUCCCAAAUAAAGCAGCAUUUGGAGACAGCUUUAGAAGAAUGUAUCUCUUCCAAAAGCUAUUUGGAUGUUGUUACAUUGCUUCCAUCUGUUUUAUCUAGUACAGAUAUUGAAAAUAUAUUAGAAUCUCUUUUGAAAAACAAUUCUAAAUCAACAAUUUUAUUUGAUAAUACAGUGUUCAGCAAUAAUUAUAUUGACCAUUUGAAGCAAAACUGCAUGCCUAUGACGCAGAAAAAAGCUGAAAACAUAGUUAAAUCAGGACAGUAUCAACAGUUUUAUAUGGAAAGACAGUUAAAUAGAUCAUCUGAAAUGACACAACAAAGCCACAUAGACCACAAAGCUGAAAGACGUGAGGAGCGCAGAAGAAAAGCUGCAUCUGGAAAGGGAGGAGGUGGUACUCAAGGUAGAGAAACAAAAACUAAGGCAGUUAAGAAGCAUCAAAGAUCAAAACAAGUCAAUAAUGAUUCAGAUUCUGAAGAAUCAAGUAAUAUAGUGAAGAAAAGUCAAACAGACUUGGAAAUUGUUACAAUUGAUGAUGUAGAAAGUAUAAUCAAAGAAACUUUGGAAAAUGAAGGUAUUGAUGAUCUAUUGGCUCAAGUUACAGAAUAUCUACAAAGGAGCCUUAACCAGACUGCGUUAAAAAUAGCAAAAGAGACAGCAGAGAAGCUUCUCCAAGAUGCAAGUCAGAACAGAAAGCAGACUCAUACAUCAACUCAAGAUAAAAUCAAUAUUUUAGUGAAUGAUAUAAAGUUGUAUGAAAAAGGUUUGAAAUUAUUGCCAUCUGAGCAUCAACCAAACUUUGUAAAAUAUCUCCUGAAGAGUUUAGGUGGUGAUGUACUUGCUGAAUUUUGCAAAUAUGCUGCAAACCAAUGCAGCCUUUCGCUGCAAGUUGAUACAUUAACUGUAGAUCAGAGAAAUAAAAUCAUCAAUGAUUUGUCUGAUGAAUACAAAAAGCCACUGUCUUUGUUGAACACAACAUUGAGUGAACAAAAUAUUGAAUCAUUCUAUGUAGCUGUUGAUGAUUGUCUGCUAGCAUGUGGGAUGAUUUUAAAGAAAAUAGAUAAAAAGAAAGACAAACUUUUGAUUCAAAAUCACAGAGAAAAACUGAUUUCGGAAUUGGAGAAUUGUGAUGAUCCAGCAUUGAGCCUUCAUAUUGCUGUCUUAGCAAUAUUCACCAUAGUCACACAAAACAUGUUGCAUGCAUCUGGUAGACAAGUACCUGUAAUUACAUCAUAUUUGAAGUCUCAUGUUAAGGAAGAGCAUUUUCUGCAACUUCAAACGUGUCAAGACUUGGUUACAAAAUAUCUAACUGCGCCUGAAGAACAAAAAGACGAUUUGGAGAAUAAACUGAGAGAAACUCUGCCAACUUUAAAAGAUACCGUACAAGAUAUUAAAAAACAAAAAUAGGGCUGGUGAUGAGUAUAAUAAACUAAAUUUAUAUCUAAUAUUUUAUAUAGGCUUUGAAGUUAUUUUGGAAACAAGAGUCCUGGGAAUUACUAACCAAACAUACAACCUAUAUGUUAUACAAGUAUUUUUUUAUAUAUUAAAACUUAAUAUAUUUUAUUUCGAGCAAAAUGUUUUAAAGGCUAUUUUUUUUAUCUU